AUGCUUACACCAGAAACUGACUUUUUUUUUCUAUCUUUCUUUACUUCUCUCUCUCUCUACACUUCUUUCUCUUUCUCUACUUCUCUUUUUCUCUCUUUCUCUCUCUCUCUUUCUCUACUUCUUUCAGUUUCUCUGCAUCUCCAUCUCUCUCUCUCUACUUCUUUCACUCACUACCUCUUUCUUUCUCUACUUUUCUCUCUCUCUUUCUUUCCCUAUUUUUCUCUUUCUUUCCCUACUUUUCUUUCUCUUUCUUUCCCUACUUUUCUUUCUCUUUCUUUCCCUAUUUUUCUUUCUCUCUUUCUUUCUCAUCUUUUCUCUCUCUCUUUCUUUCUUUUUCUCUUUCUCUCUUUCUUUCUCUCUCUUUUCUUUUCUCUCUCUCUUUCUUUUCUUUUCUCUCUUUCUUUCUUUUCUCUCUUUUUUUUCUUUCUCUCUUUCUUUCUCUUUCUCUCUCUCUUUUCUUUUCUUUUCUCUCUCUCUUUCUUUUCUCUUUUCUUUCUUUCUCUUUCUUUCUCUCUUUUUCUCUCUCUCUUUUCUUUCUCUUUUUCUCUCUCUCUUAUUCUUUCUCUUUUUCUCUCUCUCUUAUUCUUUCUCUACUUUUCUCUCUCUCUCUUUCUUUCUCUACUUUUCUCUCUCUCUCUUUCUUUCUCUACUUUUCUCUCUCUCUCUUUCUUUCUCUACUUUUUUCUCUACUUCUCUCUCUCUCGCUAUCUCUAA